CCAAGGCUUGUCAUCCUCUGCUUCUUUUCCAUUCCAAAUAUCCUGAAACAAACAAAAUCUGCAUAAAACCCAACUUCUUAUGGUGGUUCAAGCCUUUUCACCAUUUCUUUAAGAGCAGAUUUUUGUCUCUUAACAAAGAGUUAUGCCAUGGAGGUCCUAAAUGCAGCAGGUUUGACCCCAAUAUCGAUUCUUUGUGAAAAGAGAACAGAACCCAGAAAAUUUGUGUGUCUACCUGCUACUUCAUCAAUCAAAUCCUCAAAUUCUGCUUCUCUGAGCUCCAACCCACCUAUUGUACAGCAGUUUUUAUCAGGGACUUUUCAUGGGGGUCUAGUACUCUUAUCUUCAGUAUUUAGCACUGGGCUAGCUAAAGCUUUAUCAUAUGAAGAAGCACUGCAACAGUCAACAAGCAACCCAGCAUCUGAUUUUGAUGCUGGUGGAGUUCUUGAUAGUGUUAUUAGUUUUGCAACUGAAAACCCUACUGUUAUAGCAGGUGGUGCUGUAGUUUUGGCAGUUCCAUUGGUUUUGUCUCAGGUUCUAAAGAAACCCAAGCCAUGGGGUGUUGAGUCUGCAAGAAAGGCUUAUGAAGUAUUGGGAGAGGAUGCAAAUGCUCAGUUACUUGAUAUAAGAUCGCCAGUGGAUUUGAGAAAAGUGGGCACUCCUGAUGUCAGGGGUUUCAAAAAGAAGCCAGUGUCAAUUGUUUACAAAGAAGAAGAUAAGCCAGGUUUCUUGAAGAAGCUGUCUUUGAAGUUCAAGGACCCAGAGAAUACUACAGUGUUCAUUCUAGAUAAAUUGGAUGGGAACUCUGAACUGGUUGCAGAGUUGGUCGCUGUAAAUGGGUUUAAAGCUUCUUAUGCUAUAAAAGAUGGUGCAGAAGGACCACGGGGAUGGAUGAAUAGUAAUCUUCCUUGGAUAAAACCAAGUAAAGGGUUGAAUCUUGAUCUUGGAAGUGUGACAGAUGCUCUCAGUGGUGCACUUGGAGAUGGCUCUGAUGCCUUCCCUCUGACCCUUGGGGUCGCAGCGGCAGCUGGCUUAGGUGCAUUAGCAUUUUCAGAGAUAGAAACAAUUCUCCAAGUAUUAGGCUCAGCUGCAAUUAUUCAGUUUGCAAGUAAGAAACUCCUGUUUGCAGAGGACCGCAAGCAAACUCUGCAACAAGUUGAUGAAUUCUUGAACACAAAGGUCGCCCCUAAAGAGCUUGUUGAUGAGAUAAAGGAAAUUGGGAAAGCUCUUCUGCCAGCAGGUUCAUCAAGUAAGGCUCUCCCUCCACCGGUAAAACCAAGUUCAGAAGCUGCUACUGCUGCAGCUGCUGAUAAUACUGUACAGAAGGCAGAAGCUGCUCCACAGCCAGCUCCCCAAAUAAAUUCAGUUAAAGCAGAAUCAGUUAGUGGAUUCCCAAGGCCCCUUUCGCCAUAUGCAUCUUAUCCAGAUUUGAAGCCACCAACAUCUCCUACUCCAUCACAGCCCUAAAUUAUAAAUGCAUUGAAAAUCUUCUGGUGUUUUUCUACAGCAAGCGACUGUUUUGCCUGCAAUUUCAUGAGUUGCCCCAUCUAUGUACGUGAUUUAUACAAUUUUCCAUCCUUAUAUGACACUCAAACAAGUGAUGAAAAGGAUGUUAUGGGUUUUUAUGGCCAAUAAGGUUAUGUUUCUUUUAGCCUACUAAACCUUGUGGAUAUUUUAGUUCAUAAUUUAACAGUAAUUUAUAAAUAACUGUGUUUUGUGUUCAA